AUGCUCUUGGUGAACCAAAUGGGUAUUGGGAAGACGAGGAAAUGGUUACUACAUUGUUCCCCUCAGCAGUAUAUCACAGAAAUCAGGCAGACGCUCCAUGAAGUCGAAAAGGUUCAACUCGCCACCUCCAUGUGCAUACGGAACGAGUCAGAAUCACACGAUGUCGUUUCAGGUGGCAUUCGCAUGCCAAAUCCACCUCGGUGUGUUUCAUCUGCUGCGGGAAAACCUAUUUCGACAACAGAGGAGCUCAUUAUCGCAGAAGCUAUGAGGCAGGUCGGGUUUGAUGGCGACGAGCAUAUGAUGGGAUCCCCAGUACCUAACCAGCACGUACGCGUUGCGUGCAAUGUGCACCUCUACGAAGGGAUCUGGUCCAUCCGCGAUACUUACACAGUUACGGAAGUCCACCCUAUGCUGCGUGGGGUCAUGUUGCCCGAGAAUAUCUCGGCCUGA